CUCGCAAAAAAAUGAAGGCUAGGGGUAUGGGAAGACAGAAAUAAAAAGGUUCGGGGCGGUCGCACAAUUGGCACUUGAAAGGCAUCAAGAUACAAUGGCAAUAACUGCAGCAGCAGCAGCAGCAGCAACAGCAGCAGCGGCGGCAAACAAGCUAAACAAGUAUUGCUGUACCGAGAAGCAGCAGCAGCAACAGCAGCCGCAGCAGCAACAGCAACAUCAGCAGAUAAAAGGCAGACAAAAGGCACGAGAUGUGAGAGACGUCUAGGGUUGCUGCUGUGCCGCCACUGCUGCCCCUGCUGCAUGGGAAUUGAAUUCCAUUC